AUGACAUCAGCAUCAAAUAAUACACCGGAGAAAAAACAUGCAUUACCGUUAACUCCUCCCAGCACUGCAGAAAAAUUAAAACAAACUGAUAAAAAUUUAUCUCAAAUUAAUGAUUCUUUUUAUACCAGGAGAAAGUUACUACCAACAUUACUAGAGGAUAAUAACAAUGAAGAUAAAUCAACAACUAUAAUACCAUCGAAGAGGAAAAUUGUAAGAAAACCAAGGCUAAAAUAUAGGCCAAUUAACAAUACAGUUUUAGAGAUCGAUACCGAUAUACUGUCAUUUGUUAAACCAUCUCAAAAGAAUGAAUUAGAUUUUUUGAAAUAUUCAUUUAAGUAUUGUAAAAACAUGAUAGUAGUAACGGGUGCAGGCAUAUCUGUUGCUUCAGGGAUUCCAGAUUUCAGAUCAAGUGAGGGUAUAUUCAAAACAAUCUCUACAAACGGUAAAGACUUAUUUGAUUAUAAUUUUGUUUAUUCAAAUGAUGCUAAUAUUUUGAAAUUUAAUAAAAUGCUUAAUUCAUUACACCAAUUAUCGAACAAGAGUAAGCCUUCUAAAUUUCAUUAUUUUUUAAAUGAUUUGUCUUCGAUGGGGAAAUUAAAAAGAUUAUAUACUCAAAAUAUCGAUUGUUUAGAUACGAAUUUAGAUCAUUUAAACACUUCAUUUCCCUUAUCAAUUAAAAAUUGUCCUAAGACAAUCCAGCUGCAUGGUUCAUUGAAUGAUGUCAUUUGUAAUAAAUGUGACUAUAAAAUAGCUUAUAAUCCCUGCCUAUUCCCUCAAAUCAUUGAAGAAGCUAAUGCUCUGGUUCCAGAAUGCCCACAAUGUCAAGAAUAUGAAAAUGUUAGAGUUGUUGCCGGUAUACGAUCUAAGGGGAUAGGUAAGCUUCGCCCAAGAGUUAUUUUAUACAAUGAAUUCCAUCCAGAAGGUGAUAUAAUUGGAUCAAUUACAUCUUUAGACCUAAAAUCGAGAUUGGAUUGUUUAGUUAUUGUGGGAACGAGUAUGAAAAUCCCAGGGGUUAAAUCUAUGUGUAAAGAAUUUGCUAAAAGAGUACGGAAAUCAAAAGGUUACAUACUUUUUAUAAAUAAAGAAAUGCCUUCAAAGCAAAUUUUAGAUUACAUUGGGGGAGUAGACCUUAUUGUCCUAGGGGAUUGUCAGAUUUUACCCGACUUACUGGCGGACCAGUUAUCUUAA